CUGGCAAAUCUACGUGUUGCCCAUGAGCGAAUUUUCAAUAACUUUAAUCUAGAUUAGUAUGACUUGACGCACUGUUCAGCACUUUCAGCCUAUUGAAUUGACUCUAAAUCUAUUAUGAGAAUAAGCACUUCAGACGAUUCAUCUGCAUCUGAUUGCCCCCAACCAUUCACGGUCUCCUGUAAUGAAGGCCAAACUUUAAUAUGACAAAAGAAGAAGCAGGUAAAGAACUUCUGAAAAUGACACGAACAGUCUGAAUGGCACCUCUGAAAAUUCAGAAUAGAAGCUGGGAAAGAAUCUUGUAUAUAUUUCACGAUGUACUGCAUAUAUUAAUGCAUAUAUUUGCUGAUUCAUCGGAUGGUAUUGUUCAGUAAAGUUUGUGUAUAUAUAUUUUACGGUGUUCUCUCUUGAAUGGUCUUGUAUAUCUUAUUUCAGACUCAUUUAGAUGGAUCCACAAGGAGAAGAUUUCUUGUCGGGGAUUCUUCUGGAUGGAGAAGGUGACCAUGUUUCAGGUUUGGACGACCUUGUCAUUCCACUGACUCCACAGGAUACUCAGGCUAGCCCCGAGGUGGAAGUUGUUGCUUCUCGUGGUAACAAGGGAUCGAAGAGGGCCAAAAAUUUUAGUGUGGAGGAAGACGAAAUUGUUUGUGAAGGAUGGUUGGUCGCUAGCAAAGAUCCAAUUCACGGAGCCAACCAAAACCGUACUAGCUUUUGGGGUAAGGUUCAUGCUUACUUUUGGGAGCACAAUAAGGGUACAACUCCAAGGACAGAGAGUUCACUUCUGCAUAGAUGGCUCUCAAUUCAGACCGCAGUGAACAAGUUCACUUCGUGUUUGGAAGCGAUUGAACGUAGGAAUCAAAGUGGUACAACUAUACAAGACAGGAUCGCAGCUGCCCUCAAGAUGUUCUCGGGAGUAGAAAAAAUGGAUGGGAAGAAGUGCAGCGUUGUGUCAUGUUACAACAUACUGAAGGAGGAGGACAAGUGGAAAAUCAAAAGGAAGGAACUUCUGCAGCUAGAGAAACAAGCAGCAUCAGGAAACAAAACCAAAAAAAGUCCACCAAGGUGGCUCGGCCAAGGGAAGAGGAAGGAACCAACAACGGGCAAGCUGGCGAUGAUGAUGCUGCACAACCAAGUACAAGGAUUAGAUCAGAUGGGGUCAAGAAGGCUAAAGAAAAGCUAAGGCGAGGUGGUGGCGAAGCUUGCUUGGAGGCCAUUGAUAAGAUGUGGGCAAAGAAGGAGGCUGCGGACAUUGAAAAAGAGAAGGCUAAGAAUGAGAGGUUUAUGUUGUCUUUUGAGCUAGACAAGGAAGCACUAGAGCUAGAGAAACAAAGAGCUAGAGAAGCACUAGAGAUAGAGAAGACAAGAGCUGCUUCAGAGAAGACAAGAGCCGAAGCCGACUUGAUUAAGCAAGAGAAAGAAAUAAUGUUUGCGGACACUACCUCCCUUUCCACGAUUCAGCGUGAAUGGGUGGAGAUGACGCAGAAGGAGAUUAUGGCUAAACGUCGUCCAAUUUAAAUUUAGUUAAAUUAUUUAAUAUCUACAACAUUUAGUUCAAAAUUUUCAUUCACCAGAACCUUUGUUUCGUGUAGUCUUAAAUUUAUUUCAGUACAACCUUUUGUUUGUAUGCAGAACCUUUGUUUAAUUAUUAUAUCUGAAUAUUUAAAUCAGCAGUUUGAUUUUA